AUGAAUGCUUUGAACUCAGCCAGCAAUGGCGAUUUCAUGACUAAGUCCAAAGAAGGUGCAUUCGAGCUGAUCGAGAAUCUUGCAGCGAGCUCUAGCAACAAGAACGCUGAGUACGACAGAACAGUGAGCACUGUAUCAGUCAAAGGAAGCGGUGCUGAAGCGAAGAAAAUUGAGGAACUCACGGCCAAAGUGAAUCUACUGAUGAAGGCGCAACAGAAGUCUGUUCAUUUUGUUGACGAAAAUGAUGAUUCACCUAUCUCUCAAGAGUUUGGAGGAGAAGAGGAUGAAGAUGAUCAGAUGGAGGUCAACUAUGUGAAUGGGCAAGCUUUUGCGCAGAACCGUGGCUUCAACUCGAACUACAGGAACCAUCCGAACAUGUCCUACAGGAGCACCAACGUCGAGAAUCCUCAGGAUCAGGUCUAUCCGCCGCGAUCGAACCAGAACCAGCAGAGUUAUCAGAAGAGCUACCCCAACAGCUUCCAGGAGAAGACCUUUGCCCCAAACCAGAACCGUUCUCAAGGUGGUAACCAACAGAAGGCGCAGUUCAGCAACCAGCAACAACCUUCAAGUUCAUCGAACAACCGAACGAUGAGCUUAAGGGUAUGA